GUUCGGUAUUUGGUUGGAGUUUUUCUUCGUGCGGCGGCUUUUUCUCAGAAGGAUUCGAAGAGGAUGGCGAAUAUACUUUCCACAUACUAGAUGACUAUGGAAAUUCUCUUCAUGACAUAACCAAAUAUUUAGAUAUUAAAUUCGUUAAUGGCGGUACAGGACCAUUUUCAGUAAAAAUUCCCCAAAAUAUCGACUGUGGCGAAGAUAGCAUCCUAAGCAAGCAUGGUUCACUCGAAGUACGAGCAUGUAAGUCCGGGGAUAAAGUAGCAAUAAACAAAAAGGGUACUGAUUCUGGGCCUACUACUGGAAAACCUACAU